AUGCGUGAAUGUAUUAGUAUUCAUGUUGGUCAAGCUGGCACACAAAUUGGUAAUGCUUGUUGGGAAUUAUAUUGUCUUGAACAUGGUAUAGAGCCUGAUGGAACAUUUAGUAAAGAUCGAGAUAAUAGUCAUAUUAUCAAAUCUAUCUCAGAUUCCAAGGAAACCUCAUUUAGUACAUUCUUUAAUGAAACUGGAAAUGGACGAUAUGUUCCAAGAGCUGUUUUUGUCGAUCUUGAACCAUCAGUUAUUGAUGAAGUUCGUCGAGGAACCUAUGCAAAAUUAUUUCAUCCUGAACAAUUAAUUUCAGGUAAAGAAGAUGCUGCGAAUAAUUAUGCUCGUGGUCAUUAUACAGUUGGAAAAGAAAUUAUUGAUACUGUACUUGAAAGAUUACGUAAAAUUGCUGAUCAAUGUACAGGUUUACAAGGUUUUCUUGUCUUUCAUAGUUUUGGAGGUGGUACUGGAUCAGGUUUCACAUCUUUAUUAAUGGAACGUUUAAGUUUAGAUUAUGGUAAAAAAUCUAAACUUGAAUUUGCUGUUUAUCCAGCACCUCAGGUUUCAACUGCUGUUGUUGAACCAUAUAAUUCCAUCUUAACUACACAUUGUACAUUAGAACAUACUGAUUGCGCUUUUAUGGUUGAUAAUGAGGCUAUUUAUGAUAUUUGUCGUCGUAAUUUAAAUGUUGAACGACCAUCUUAUCAUAAUUUAAAUCGUUUAAUUGCACAAAUUGUGUCAUCAAUAACAGCAUCACUUCGUUUUGAUGGUGCAUUAAAUGUUGAUUUAAAUGAAUUUCAAACAAAUCUUGUACCUUAUCCACGUAUACAUUUUCCACUUGUUACUUAUGCACCAAUUUGUAGUGCUGAAAAAGCUGCUCAUGAAUCAUUCAGUGUUCAAGAUAUUACAACUGCUUGUUUCGAGCCACUUAAUCAAAUGGUUAAAUGUGAUCCACGUAAUGGAAAAUAUAUGGCUUGUUGUUUAUUAUAUCGUGGUGAUGUUGUACCAAAAGAUGUUAAUAAUGCUAUCUCAGCUAUUAAAACAAAACGAUCAAUACAAUUUGUUGAUUGGUGUCCAACAGGUUUUAAAGUUGGAAUUAAUUACCAACCUCCAGUUGCUAUACCAGGUGGAGAUGUUGCAAAAGUUCCUCGUGCUGUUUGUAUGCUUUCAAAUACAACUGCUAUUGCAGAAGCCUGGGCACGUCUUAAUACGAAAUUUGAUUUAAUGUAUUCAAAACGAGCUUUCGUUCAUUGGUAUGUUGGCGAAGGUAUGGAAGAAGGUGAAUUUAGUGAAGCUCGAGAAGAUUUAGCUGCACUUGAAAAAGAUUAUGCCGAAGUUGCCACUGAUACUGUUAAUGAAGCAACUGCUGAUGGAGGUGAAGAAUACUAA